AUGACGACUAAGACCAUCCAUGGGAACUCGCAAUUCCAGAAGCCCUCCUCUCUACGCUGGACGUGGGAGUCACCCGGUGGAGGGUACCGUAAUGAAAUAGACCACAUCAUCGUCAAUAAAAGGUUCUGCCUAACGGACGUCGCUGUUCUACCAAAGUUCUAUACGGGAUCGGACCAUCGCCUCCUCCGAAGAAGAUUUUCCUUCACAAGAAGAGCAGAGAAAUCCGCCAAGUUCAGAGAGAGAAAUCCCAGGACUAUCAUCAAUUGGGAUCUCUACGCUACGCUAGCCGGCUUUUGGGAAGAUUCCGCAAUGGACAACAUCGACGAGGAAUAUGACCGGCUUGUUGAACACUUUCACGACUCUGAUAUGCCUGGAGCAACACGAGCCGCAGGGAACCAAGAACUCACGUCCGAGCUCGCAAGGCUUUGCCGAGAGGCGAUAAAGGGAGACCUUAAAGAGAGAAGAGCAGAAGUGCUGGCUGAAGCUGCAGAGGCGGGGAAAAGCAUCCGUUAUGCCCAUCGAGACUUCGCCAGUCGCAAGACGAGGAUGACUGCUCUCCGGAACCCAAAAGGAACAGCCACUGCAUCGAGAAAGGGGAUGGAGAAAAUCAUCUACGACUUCUACUCUGAUCUCUUCGACAGCCGUGUCCACUUGCCUCCUCACCAUCUGAGGGAAGAUGGACAAGUCAUUCCAGAGGUUCUCCGGUCCGAAAUACGGCAUGCUAUCAUGUCGGUAAGAAAUCGUACGGCACCCGGUCCCGACAGAAUAAGACCAGAACACCUGAAGAGCCUUCCGCCAGUACUCAUCAACACCCUGGCUAGGCUCUUUACACGUUAUCUGUCGGAAUGCAAGGUUCCCAAACAGUGGAAGACCAGCGAGACCGUGUUGUUGUAUAAAAAGGGAGAUCCACAUGACAUCGGCAACUAUCGUCCAAUCUGCUUAUUGUCCGUCAUCUACAAACUCUUUACAAGAGUGAUCCUUAAUAGGAUUGAAAAAGUCUUGGAUGAAGGACAGCCAUGCGAGCAAGCAGGGUUUCGAAAAGGAUUCAACACGAUUGACCACAUUCACACUGUUUCGAAACUCAUCGAGGUAUCACGAGAGUACAAGAUGCCGCUCUGUCUCACCUUCAUCGACUUAAAGAAGGCCUUCGACUCAGUUGAGUCGGAAGCGGUCGUGGAGGCCUUGGACAACCAAGGCGUCCCUACUCAGUACAUAAAGGUACUUCGAGAGUUGUACAGUAACUUCACGACCGGAAUUUCGCCAUUCUACAAGAACAUCUUCAUUGACGUGAAGAGGGGGGUCCGACAGGAUGAUACAAUUUCACCCAAAAUAUUCACAGCCACCCUCGAUAACGCAAUGCGAAAGUUGGAAUGGGACUACAUGGGAGUGAAGGUUGAUGGUCGGCAGCUACACCAUUUGCGCUUUGCUGAUGACAUCGUAUUGAUAACACCUAGCAUCAGCCAAGCGGAACGAAUGCUGACCGAAUUCGACGAAACAUGUGGAUGCAUCGGUCUUCUGCUGAAUCUACAAAAGACGAUGUUCAUGCGGAACGGAUGGGUCUCGGAUGCCCCAUUCACGCUCAACGGAACGAACAUAUCCGAAUGCAAAAGCUACGCUUAUCUGGGUCGGGAACUGAACAUGAUGAACGACCUGACCCUCGAGCUGGGCAGAAGGAGACGAGCGGCUUGGGGAGCGUACAACAGCAUCGAGGAUGUAAUGAAGAAGACCAGGAACACCCGGCUCCGUGCUCACCUCUUCAACACCACCGUACUUCCUGCUUUGACCUAUGCUUCGGAAACCUGGGCUUUUCGCAAGCAGGAAGAAAACGCGGUGAGCGUCAUUGAACGCGCAAUUGAGAGAGUGAUGCUAGGAGUAUCCCGUUUCACGCGUGAGGGACGGGAUUCGAAGUUCUCUCCUACGUCAACGAUCGAUUGA